AUGGCAGGCGGGGGUACUCAUGGUGGCGGGGCAGCUGCGGACCCUGUGGUCACUCGCUAUGUCGAACAAGACAAAGUACCUUGGUAUAGCAAACCGAAUCUUCGAAAGCUAUACUUCCUGCUAUUGCCUACGUGUAUGGGUGUCGAGAUGACCAGUGGAUUCGACUCGAGUAUGAUGAACGGUCUCCAGGGAGUCACAUAUUGGGACGAAUUUUUCGGUCGCCCAAGAGGCAAUCUACUCGGCGUUAUGUCCUCGAUGUACUCUCUGGGAGCUAUAUGUGCCCUUCCGUUUGUACCCAUGGUCAACGAUCGUCUGGGGCGUCGUACGGCUGUGCUGUUCGGAAGUCUCCUCAUGAUUAUUGGCGCUGCACUUCAAGCGAGUUCCAUCAAUUACCCAAUGUUUGUCAUGUCUCGGUGGGUCCUUGGGUUGGGUAUUCCGUUCGCCAUUAUCGCAGCUUCGACCUUGAUCGGAGAGCUUUCUUAUCCCAAAGAACGUGCCGUCAUGACUUCGCUGUUCAAUGCUUCUUAUUUCGUUGGUGCCAUUAUUGCUGCCGGUGUAACGCUAGGCACGUUCGACAUAAAGAGCAACUGGAGCUGGCGAAUCCCCAGUCUCCUUCAAGCUGCGCCCAGUUUCCUUCAGAUUGGUUUCAUCUACUUUAUUCCUGAAUCGCCUCGUUGGCUCAUCUCCCAGGGUCGGCGUGAUGAUGCCUUUGAGAUCCUAGUCAAGUAUCACGCCGAGGGCGAUCGUGACUCCGAGUUUGUCAAGGCUGAGUUUGCUCAAAUUGAGUCUACUUUGAAGAUCGAGCAAGAAAACUCCAAGCGCGGUUGGAAAGAGCUGAUAGCGACUCCCGGUAUGCGUCGUCGCCUAAUCAUUGCCUCUUUCCUUGGUCUUUUUACUCAAUGGAGCGGUAACGGUAUGAUCUCCUACUACCUGAAGCGUAUUCUGGAGGGAGUUGGCAUUACGAACAACCGCACCGUCAACCAAAUCAACUUGGCAAACACUUGCUGGGGUUUUAUCAAUGGCACCAUAUGGGCACUUUCAGUGUACAAAUUUAAGCGCAGGCCGAUGUACCUUGCUUGCACGAUGUGCUUGCUCUGCGUGUACGUGGGGUGGACAACUUCAGCGGCUCUAUACACCACAAGGGGCAGCAAAGAGGCUUCUCACGCAGUAUUGGCGAUGAUUUUCCUGUAUUCUCCCGCAUACAAUAUGGGAUACAAUGCCCUAACAUACACUUAUCUCAUCGAGCUCUUCCCAUUCGUUGUGCGCUCUCGCGGCAUCACUAUUUUCCAGUGGUGGGGGCGUGCGGCAGGGUUCUUCAAUCAGUACGUGAACCCAAUUGGAAUUGCAAAUGCUGGAUGGAAGUAUUAUAUUAGCUAUUGUGUCUGGCUUAUGUUCGAGGUCGGAUUUGUGUUCUUUAUGUUCCCAGAAACCUCUGGCCGAACUUUGGAAGAGCUGACGUUCCUUUUCGAACCAGAGGAAGUCAGACGUCGUCAGCAAAAGCAAGCCGAGAAUGUAAUGCACGAAGGAGUGCCUGGAGAAGGUGGCGUUCCCGGAAGCCCCAGACCAGGUUCCUUUGACAAAGAAAACAUUCAAGAAAUCGAGCAGCUCGAGAGUCGCCGUGUCUAG